UGCCCUGCUUAUCUGCCCCUACGCCCACAGGCUGGGACAGCCUCGUCCCCGCCAUCUCCCUCCUGAGCCAAUUAAGUGUUCACUGAGCACGCGUGACUGGCUGGCUGGAGAGCCGGAAGUGGGACCGGGAACCCGCUCUACCGGGGCCGCGCUCCUCCCCGCGCAGAGUUCGCGGACGUGUAGCCGGGGCUGUAAUUCUAGUCCUGGGCGUCGUACCAAGCUAGGGGAACGGCGCCCUCUGCCGGCCAGUAGCCGGCGGAAGUGCCAGACCGGAAGUUGCGUGAUCCGCGGACGCCGAUACGGAGUGUCGUGCGAGGCCGGUGUGGAGCCCGAAGGUACUAGUAUGGCUUCCAGCGGGGUUGCAGUGAGCACUGCGGGCCCGGCAAGUGAGGCUCCCGAAAUUCCGGACAACGUGGGAGACUGGCUUCGGGGCGUCUAUCGCUUUGCCACCGAUAGGAAUGAUUUCCGGAGGAACUUGAUCCUUAAUUUGGGACUCUUUGCUGCGGGAGUUUGGCUGGCCAGGAACUUGAGUGACAUUGACCUUAUGGCACCUCAGCCAGGGGUGUAGCCAGACAAAUGGAAUCCUGUGCUGUACCCGAACCUUCCAAAAACAGAGCCUACAAUCUGUGACCACCACGAGACACGUCCUGAUGGCAGCUGAAAUGUGAUUCAGAUGGGCACUUUCCCGUUCCCGGCUUGGUUUCCUUUUGUUCCCAAGUCCACUCAGAACUCCAUUCUCUGGUCAGCAGUCAGGCUUCAGCUAAAGCAUUGCCUCUGUUCUGUAAAGUUCUAUACAUACUUCCUAAGUUUCUGCGGAGGGUGAUCUUUGCUCCUAUCCUGAGGAAUAACAGUGGUGUUUUAACAAAUAUCUGAAAUAAACACUGUACACAAAG